AUGGAAGGUAAAAAUAUGUUAAGCUGGGAGCAGAAAACAUUGCUAAGCGAGCUCAUUCUUGGAUUUGAGGCCGCAAAAAAGCUUCACGCACGACAUGGGGAAGCACCAUCGCCAUCUCCGUCGUCAUCAUCUUCUUCUCCGGUGGCGGCGGCGGCUGAGACGAACGAGGCUCUAGUGAAGCAGAUACUUUCUUCCUACGAGAAGUCUCUUCUCAUGCUAAACUGGUCCCCCUCGCCGUCCGUACAACUUAUUCCGACGCCGGUUGCUGUAGUUCCGGUGGCGAAUCCCGUCCGCAUUCCGGAAUCUCCGGCGUCUAUAAACGGAAGUCCGAGAAGUGAAGAUUUCACCACCGAUGGAGGAGGAUCCAGCGAGAGUCAUCGCCAGGAUUACAUUUUCAAUUCAAAGAAAAGGAAGAUGUUGCCAAAAUGGUCAGAAAAAGUGAGAAUUAACCCAGAAAGAGGCUUAGAAGGACCUCAAGAUGAUGUUUAUAGCUGGAGAAAGUACGGCCAAAAAGACAUUUUGGGCGCCAAAUUCCCCAGGAGUUAUUACAGAUGCACGCAUCGUAGCACACGGAACUGUUGCGCGACGAAGCAAGUCCAGAGAUCGGACGGUGAUCCAGCGGUUUUCGAAGUGACGUACAGAGGAACACACACUUGCCCACAGGCGAUCGCACCUCCACCUCCUCCUCCACCAGCCUCGCCGGAGAAGCAAGACACCAGACCCAAACCGACCACUACUACUACCCAAAAGCCUAAUGAGCUUCUCGAGAGUCUCAAAACCAGCUUAACCGUUCGAACCGACGGGCUUGACGACGUUGACGACGUUUUCUCGUUCCCCAAUACGCCGCCGUUUUACGAUUACGGGACUAUCAGCGGCGACUUCUGCAGCCACGUGGAGAGUUCUCCGAUGUUCGACGUUGUUGAUUGGUUCAAUCCAACGGUAGAGAUUGAUACGGCCUUCCCCACGUUUUUACCCGAGUCGAUUUAUUAUUAA